GCCACAAAGAAUGUUUCCCUUUUCUUUGUUGAUCAUUUAAUUUAGUUCUUCACAAUAUUGUGUAAGGGGGAGAAGAGAAAAGUGUGUGAGAGAGAUCCCAGUGGAGAUGCCCCCCUCCCCGCUUUCUGAUGUCACAGAUGGUUCAGGGGACCAGCCCGCUCACAGCAUGGUGCCUAUAUGCUUUCCUUCCCCCAUUGUUCCCCCAGUUAAAAAAGAAGGGGGGAAAUACAAAAGCAGUUGGAAAACAUGCUUAAUAACUAAUUCCAAAUAAUUUCCCAAACAGAGGGCUCGGGCUAAGCAGAAGGGAGAGCUGUGCAGGCGCAAGCAGAGAGAGAGAGAGAGAGAGAAGGGGAAGGAGGGGGGCACAACCUGCCCCCAAGGCUUCUUGGGCAUCUGGACAAGAGUUUCUUUGGAUUCCUUGCAUGCUACUAGAGGGGACUUUGUUUCCCCCCCUGGAGCCAGCAUCUUCCCCCCUUAGUGCCUUCUCCUCUGCAGGAUGCUGCCCGAAGUUCUCCUGCUGGGUUUCGCUUUCCUCCCCUGGGUUUGGGGGGCUCAGACAUGUCAGUGCCGGUGCACCUGCCUGGCGGAACAAGCGAGGAAGGCCCCGCAGGUGCCCAGCAGGCAGACGCGGCAGCUUCGCCACAGCCGCCAGCCUAGGCAGAGGCACAGGCUAAGAGGUUUGAAGUCUCGUUCAGAGGAGGUUGUACCAUAUAUCAUUGAUCACCCCUCUGACCUCGUGGUACGCUGGGACCAGGCUGCUACCUUGAACUGCCGUGCGGCUGGGAACCCAACACCCACCAUUGAGUGGUAUCGCAAUGGCGAGUAUGUAAAGACAAACAAAGACGAUGGUCCCUCCCAACGCACCCUCCUGCCGGGUGGCUCCCUCUUCUUCUUACGCCUCAGUCAGAGGAAGGGGAAAUCGGACGAGGGGGUAUACAACUGCGUGGCCAGAAACCACCUGGGUGCAGCCGUUAGCAAGAAUGCUUCUCUUUAUGUGGAAGCUCUGCAAGAAGAGUUUCGGCUUCAUCCCAGCAACUUGGUGGUGACAGCUGGAGAACAAUUGGUUCUGGAAUGCUUGCCCCCUAGAGGACACCCUGAGCCAACCAUUUCGUGGAAAAAGAACGGCGUCCCCAUAAAUGAGGAAAAUGGUCAUUAUGAGGUGACCAACACAAAGCUUUUGGUAGCGCAUGCUUUGAAGAGCGACGCGGGAGCAUAUGUCUGCAUGGCCACCAAUCAAGUAGGAGAGCGAGCAAGCAGAGCUGCCUUGGUCUCCAUUUUGGAAAAACCAGUAUUCACUCGGAGGCCUAAUGAUGUCGUGGCCAAGCUUGGCAGCACCGUCCUGUUCAUGUGUGGAGUCCACGGAGACCCAACACCCGCCAUCCAAUGGCACAAGGAAACGGGAGAGCUUCCCUCCGGAAGGUAUGAAGUAAACAGAGAAAACGUCCUUCAGAUUCAGCACUUGACGAUGAACGACGCUGGGAAAUAUGUCUGUACUGCUCGCAACCAGGUGGGAACCAUCUCUGCCAAAGCAUCUUUAACUGUGCAGGAUCCCCUGGACACUGGCCAGAGCAAGCAGGACAGGCCAAAAGAUGUACUGAAGGAGCCGAUGGAGGCAAAGGUUUACCUGGCAAAUGUCACUGCUGUCCCCUCCACGCCAGCAGCCCACCUGCACUGGAAGGUUGUCUCCUCUUCCCAGCGCAUAGAUGGCUAUGUGGUGUUCUAUCGUUCCCUGUUGCCUGUGACCACACACUGGGCUGAAUGGCACGUCCAAAGCAACCACCGUACCAUCGUCCCAGGGCUUGAGAGAGGCUAUAAGUAUGAGUUCAAGGUGCAACCAUAUUCAGGGAAGGUUUAUGGCUUGGACAGCAACGUAAGGGACCUCUGGAUCCCAGAAGAAGUGCCUGGUGCUUCCCCUGAAAGCAUCAGCAUCACCACACUUCAAGAUGCGAAUGGCACUGUGAUCAUCCACUGGGAGCCCCCUCCACAAGACAUGCACAAUGGUAUCAUCAAAGGUUACCAGGUCUGGUUCCUGGGCAAUGAAACUCACUCAGGCUCUAACAGAACAGUGAGUGGAGAAACACACAGCCUAGAAGUGACAGGCCUGGCUAAUGGGCAAAAAUACUGCGUCCAGGUAGCAGCAGUCAAUGGAGCUGGAAUUGGAGUGCCCAGUAAUCCUGUUUGCAGUGCUGUAGAGCCAACAGUCGAGAAGAUGGCCAAGACCCCAGACUUCCAUUCUGCCAACUACAUCCUGGAAGUGGUGCGUCAACCUGUCUUCAUUGCCAGUGUGGGCUCGGCACUCUGGGUCAUGCUGAUGGCGUUCACGGUUUAUGUUUGCCAGCAGCAAGCCAGGCAGUAUGGCCGGAGACGUCCAUAUGCCCUAGGUGAAGGUUUGUAUAGAAACGCCAGUGAUGACACCAUCAUCAAACACAGGGUAGACUGUAGUGAUUCUCCCUGGCUUUCCAACACAUGGAAGUCAACUUCAGGCUCCAAGAACUACAGCACCAGCAGCAGCUUGAGCAGUCAGCUCCUGUGGACUGAACCCAAAGAUAACCAGGAACCCCACAAAUCUACAGCAUCCUUCGACAGGCAGAGCCAAGGUUCCCGCAUCCAAACUGUUCCUUUGGUGGCUGAUAGUAGGAGCAGCAGCCUAUAUGGGGCACUCUAUGUAGAUCUUCCCGUGAAGGACCUGAAAACUUUCUACAAUGCCCCACCGCCUCACCUUCCCAGCCCCAGCCUGCAUGCUAUGGAACUGGUACAAAACGGGGACCAGACGUUCAUGCCCCACUACAGCCCGAACCCCUGGCUGGCCAGUACUAGGGGAGCAGCACGUCCAGGGCCAUGGAUGGCAAAGGGCUCCCUAUCUCCAAAUCUUAUACCUCAGGGAUCCUGGGAUAAAAAUAGCAAGAAAGAGCUACAACAAGCACACAGCACUCCCACGCAGCCAUCUAGCUUUUCAGCAGACUGGAGCAGCCAGGGCAGCCAGACAAGCUCUCGUAUCAGCUCUGGGAAGCACCGGAGAACUCAUGGGGAGAUGAAAAAGGUGCUGAAAACGUACAGCUCCCCAAAGUUCUCAAAAUGCAGUGCCUCGCAGAACAGUACCGGUCUGUUGCCUCCUCCUCCUCCCGUCCCUCCGGGUUUUCAAGCUCCCCAAGAUCACAGCACCCAGCCAGUGUGUACCUGCACUUGCUACCUGGAUCCUCCCACGGACUUGGUCCUUCAGCAACAAGACAAAGAUUCCCUGCCGGCAACCAGCGAGUCCCUGGGAGAAAGCCAUACCUUCCCCACACUGCCCUACAGCCGUCUUUCUGCAGCUUCGAUCUCUGUAUCUCUCAAUGAUGAUGGGGAGACGGUUCUGACCCCUGAGGAGGUGGCCGAAUACCUAGAGCUCAGUGAGGAUGCAGAGCAUCAGAGGCAACAGAGCGACGGCGUUUCCGCUCCUCCGCGGGUCUUCUCCCCACCUCAUACCUAUGGCUACAUCUGUGGUCCGCUGGCCUCCGAGCUGCUAGAGAACAGUGCCGUGGACGACGACGACGACCCCAACAUGGAGGAGGAAGGUGGCUGCCGUUCCACAAAGUUCUUCCGCAGUUUCUGCUGGACCCCCUCGUCCAGCCUGAGUGAGGACGACGCCUCGCUGGGGGGCUCCCUGCUCAACGGGUGGGGAUCUGUCUCGGAGGACAACGGCACCAGCACCCGCUGCAGCCUGGUCAGUUCCACUGAUGGCUCCUUCCUUGUUGACGCCAGUUUUGCCCAAGCUCUGGCCGUGGCGGUGGACAGCUUCUGCUUUGGGCUGGCCCAGAGGGACAUAGACAAGGCGUUGACAGAUAUUUUGCCUUCAGCACCCCCUCUCCAUGGACUCCUGCAACCACAUGUUUCCUUGGAGAGCUCAGAGGAAGCUGAGCAGAAGCCUCCCGGAUCGCAGCUCCUUCCUGCGUGGGAGUGGAGCACAGAUUGGGUGGAUGAGGUGGAAGCCAAGUAUCCACAGAAGGCUGAGAACUGGAACGCCAUCCCGGAGCUGGGAAGGGGAAAGGCAGCGGCAGUAGCAGGAGAAACCCAGCCACUCACUUCUGCCUUGCAGGGGAUAAAGGGUGCCUGCAUGUCUGACUCAAGCAGCUAUCCAGACAGAAAAGCUGGGGCCAUCAAGGCUCCUCUGACAGCUACCCAGGACUCUGGGUCAGGAUCCUUUGCCAUUCCCAAGAGAGGAGAGGAACCGGUUGUGGAAAAGCUCGCCACGCCAAACAAAGGGGGUCGCUGAGAAGCCCGGAGAGCACAUCUGAGUGUGGGGACAAAGCAUCUCUCAGGGGGAGACAAACCCCUGUCUGAAACCCUGGACUGACGACAGCACUGAGUUUGAGGGAUCAAUGGCCUGAUUCUGUGUAACCCCCUCUUCCCACCUCGACCAUAGCAUUGUUCGUAAUAUAUGUGGAAGAAGGAACCUGCCCAUAUUCUGUUCGCAAUUUUUUUUAGCUUUGAGACUAGUUUGGACUAUUGAGCAUCAUGCACCCCUGUGCAAACUUAAGUGGGAGUAAGCCUCAUGGAACACAGCGAGACUUCCUUCUGAGUAAAAAUGCAUAGAAUUGGGAUGUCAGUGAGUCAGGCCUGGGAUUCACCUUCUCUCAUUUUAUCCUUGGUGUUACAGUGUAUGUUUUUGGGGGGGGAUAGGGAAAAAGAUAUCAGUUUACACUUUUUGAACUGGUCCUUCUAUAGCCUGCCAUGAUGAUCUGCAGUCCUGAGCAGAGGAUCUAGUGGUGCAAUUGCGUAAUUUUAGACUGUGUUCCUAACACCCCUCCCCUCUUUAGACAGCAAUAUAUAUUACUUAACUUCAAAAUGUGGUAAUCCAGCGUUUAGGAUUGAUGCAUUUAGGAGCCUUCCCGCUCCUGCAGCUGAAUGGAUCCCUGGACAUCUGCCCCAAAGUCCUACCCGGAUGGCACCACUGAGCUGAACGUAUUUAGCUUUGCAACAGGAAAAACCUUCACCUGCUGAUUCUUGCAUAUUAAAUGGACUAUAAAGGGAGAGGAGCAAAGCCAAACUAGUGUUUUCUUCUCCUCCUUCUUCUCCUAGCCAUAUUGGCAACUCUUCAGAAGUCUGAUCAUCGCAGGAGCCUCUGAGGUGGAGAUCAGUGUCAGGAUAAUGAAGAAAAACCCUCUGGGCCUUUUCUUCAUUGGCUUGUCUCCCAGGAUCCAUCAGCCUCUGCCACCAUCUGGGUUGCUGACUUGCAAGGACAUUUCUACUGGGCAGGGGGGCACUUUUUCUAAUCUCCUACUUAUCAAUUACCAAUGCUGUGGAUUUUUAAAGUUUGGACUGAGGUCCCCACCACCAUCGUCCCCAUGCAGCCUGCAGUGGUUUCUUAGAGAAAGAAAGAAAGAAAGAAAGAAAGAAAGAAAGAAAGAAUCUUCAAAGUGGAGAAAAUAGCAACUUGGUAAUCAUUUUCAACUUGGGCAGCCCUUUGUUGCUUUCGCUGUUUUUACCUUCUUGCAGGAGAACUGUUUACGUCGCUGCAAACAUUUCCUUCCUUUCGAAUGUCUACUAAUUGUGCCUGAUGUGGCGCAGCUACUAAAUUUUUCAUGUGUGUGUGUGUGUGUGUGUGGCCUUACUGUGUAAAUAAAUUGAAACAUUUCCAAAAGGUGCAA